AUGACUGAAUCGCUGCGUUUCCUAGGCACUUUGGAGGGUCACAAGGGAUGGGUUACCGCCAUUGCCACCUCCUCGGAGAAUCCUGAUAUGAUCCUGACUGCUUCGCGCGACAAGACCAUCAUUGUCUGGCAAUUGACACGCGACGAGGACUCCUAUGGAUACCCCAAGCGAAUCCUCCAUGGACACAACCACUUCGUUUCCGAUGUCGUUAUCUCGUCCGACGGCCAAUUCGCCCUUUCAUCCUCAUGGGAUCACACCCUCCGCCUCUGGGACCUCAACACUGGAUUGACAACCCGCCGCUUUGUUGGACACACCUCCGAUGUCCUCUCAGUUAGCUUCAGCGCUGACAACAGGCAGAUUGUUUCCGGUUCGCGUGACAGGACUAUCAAACUCUGGAACACCCUCGGAGAAUGCAAAUAUGACAUCAAGGAGGAGGGUCAUACCGAGUGGGUUUCCUGCGUGAGGUUCAGCCCUAAUGUUUCGAACCCUGUCAUCGUCUCUUGCGGAUGGGACAAGGUUGUUAAAGUCUGGGAACUCUCCAAGUUUAAGUUGAAGACCAACCACUACGGCCACACCGGCUACAUCAACACUGUAUCCGUCUCUCCUGAUGGUUCCCUCGCCGCUUCCGGUGGCAAGGAUGGCAUCACCAUGCUCUGGGAUUUGAACGAGGGCAAGCACCUCUACUCUCUUGAGGCUGGCGAUGUUGUCAACGCUCUUGUCUUCUCCCCCAAUCGCUACUGGCUCUGCGCUGCCACUGCCAGCUGCGUCAAAAUCUUCGAUCUCGAGAGCAAGUCUAUCGUUGACGAGCUGAAGCCUGCUUACACUGACGUUCGUGAGGAGGCCAGGCAACCUGAGUGUGUUUCCAUCGCCUGGUCGGCUGAUGGCCAAACCUUGUUCGCCGGCUUCACUGAUAACCAGCUCCGUGUCUGGACCGUCACUUCAUAA